CUCUUCACGUUGGUCUUUUCUGCUCAGCAUGUGAAACAGUUGGAUUUCUCAUUGUCAUGUGACAUAUAAAUUAACUUUGACUGGAUCAGUCAUCGUCUCUAAUUUAUAUAUAGAAAGCAGCUCGAGUCUGAUUGGUCCAUAUCUCUGCGUCUGCUAGAUCGAUGUCACCCUUCAAUGCCUAGUUCUGACCUGAAUCUCUCGCAUGAGUUUGAUCAUGCAUGAGAGUUAUACACUUGGAACACACAUUAAAGUGCAGUCAAUGAGUACACAUAUGUUGUCUUUUACAGGAACAAGUGACUGCGUUUGCAAUUACUAUUGGUAAUGUGGUGGCUGAAAUCGCGAGACCCACACGCAUGUCUGGCCACUGCCAUUCACAUGAAUAGGGGCAUAAGAUGAGCUCAAAAAAGCUCCCUCGGCCAUAUCAACCAUCCUACAUGGCCAGGCUUUCCACGCUGAGUAAAAUUACACUCAUGAACUGUGCCUUACAAUGGCCAAGUACACACAAUGAACAGUCACCUGGGCGAAACACUCCCUCGCCGCCGCCAUAGCACGCCAAGCCAUCACUCCGGCGCGGCACAAUUGAGACGAGUGGCCGGCCAAAAGUGUACACAAAUUACUGUCAAGCACAAUACAUCAGGCGUUUGACUCCUGGCCCACCAUAGAGAAUGUCAGCCGACCAAAGCACCAGAAAGGCGGCCACUGCGAGCUCGUCCUUCACUCAAAGCUCUGUGAUUGAAAGUGGCGGGGGGUCUGCUGGUGACAGUGAACGCAGGCGUUGGCGCUCCAUCCACCACACCAUACCAAAGAUCACAAACACAGCCAUGUAGUUGUAAAACAUAUGCGUACUUUAUGGAGUGCAAUUUUUAUGGCUGCGGCUCAGACUGUUGUUAAAACCAGAAAUAGUGCAUUGCUGUUCAGCUGAGUUGGCUGGGCCAGCAACAGUCACAAAGUGGUAAGGUCUUUGGGAUGAAUAUAAUUAGCACAACUAUGUCACACUGUCAAUAAUUUCAAAUCCAGUCACCUGUAAGUGGUUUUGAUGUUUAAAGAAUUUUACAGUCACACGACGUAUAGCAUCGAUUUCAACCUUAGACUUUGUCACAGACUCAGUUUGACUUGUUAUACACAAAAUAGUAGAAAAAAUUGAAGGGCACCUUCCUUUAAAUUUAAACAUCACAUUAUAUAAAUGAAUCGAUGAAAUGACAAAUAAAUUAUAAGACCCUGAAAAAUAAACUCAAUGAAUAAAAAUUCUACUUUUAAAGUACAAAACAUUGGUACAAGUUCACUUUUUUUAUUGUAAGAACAUGGUGGACACAGGAUUUAAUUUCUCCAGAUAAAAUGGCGCUCUGCCAACAUGUAACACCCGUAAUUAAAACAUUUUCAUGGGAAGUCAAAGCAAACAAAUUUUCUGGGCAGUUGCUCGUAUCUUCAAAAAAGUUGUUAGGUCACUCGCUCGCAUCUCAAGGCUCAACUGUUUGACAAAAGUAAACCUUGAACUGUACUUUGACAAUGAUUUUUGCAGAGGGAUCUUGAAGAACAUGGUAUGGUGGAACAUAGUGGGCAAUACUUUGACAUACUUUGUCACACACACAAAAUAUUUCUCAAGUAAAUACAUUUACAACUGUGCCAUAAUGUAGUUUUACAUCACAGCAUCAGGCUGCUUCAGCCAAGAAGAAAUCUGACCGUUGCUUUAAACACGACACACACGUGCAUUUGCCCGUAUCUAUUGGACACGUGGGGGUUCCUUUUUUUACUCGAUGUACAUCCUCUUUAAUUCCAAUGGGAGGGAAUUAGAGGGGAUCUGAUUCUGCACAUGUUGAUCACACGUUGGCUUUGACUUUAUCCCCUUUUACACAGCAAAGCCAUUGGUCUUUUCAACCCUUUGUCUUUUUAGUCUCACGGAAUGCGGAGACGGUACAGGCCGGACAGUUUCUGUUGUCCUAUUGUGGAAGACAGUUUGUGGAAAACUAGGAGGGAGGGGUGCGACUGUUGGCUUCUAUGAUUGUUGGCUUCCGAUGACUCCCUUGCAGCUGAAAAGGAGUCAUGGGAUGUGUGUGCGUGUGUGUGUGUGUGUGUGUGUGUGUGUGUGUGUGUGUGUGUGUGUGUGUGUGUGUGUGCACGCAUGUGUGUGUGGUUUCAAAGUCAAACCGUUGCAGUACAAGUAGGCCUUACUUCCUCUCUUUUCAUUGUCGCAGUGUUUCCUAUAAAUACAAUUUAUAAUACUGUACUUAAUCUGCAUCAUUAACAAGAAAUGUAGAUAGAAGAUAAUUCACACACUUUAUUAUUAUAAUAUGCUUGUGGGAUACAACAUGUUCAUGACAUUUCCCGACAUCUCAACACUAUUUCCUUCAGUUCUUAAAUGACUGACUGAAUGAAAUAACUAACUGUCUUCGGUAAUAUUGUUUUUGAUCAGAUUGAGCUGCAGAUUGUCAAUGAUUGUAACAUGGGGGAGGGCACACACGCAUCGGCGUGCUUGUCAUGGAGAAAGCAAAAGAGAGACUGUAAAAAGAAGCACAGCUUGCUAGAACAUGCCUUUAUAUGCGUGCGAUCGACAUAUCUGUCAUAACUGAAUCAAGCGAUGAUUGGCCCACGUCUUUUUUUUGGAGGGGGGCACACCUUCUCGUGAUCGACCAAAACCGCCUCCGCGAUUGGCUUGUAGACAUUGAUCACCCCUGUAGCAUAAGCUAUUAACUGUGGUAACAAAACCAAGGCAUUAAAGUCAAAGCAGUUGGUCCAGACAGAAGAAGGAAUGUUAAUUAUCUGUGUACCAAACUUGUCACACGUGCACUGAGCUUGGUUGCGGUUCAGUGUUUACAUCCAGAGGUCAAGUGGAGGCCUUGGAGAAUAGCACCAUCUGCCUGACUUGAAAACAGCCUCACUUUACUUCAGAGAUAAAGUAUUUCUGAGUAUGAAGCAUUUGCGAGCCCAUGUGAUCAGUAAGCUCGUCUCCUGGCUUACUGGCUGAUUGAAUAGAACUGCAUCUUCUCUUCAAACAGCGUAUCUCUCUUUGGACCACCCCUCUCAUUCCCACCCCGCCUCCCACUUCUCCAAAGUCCUCAGUUCUGAUCGUGUGGAGCAGAUGACUAAGACGUACAAUGACAUCGAAGUGGUCACUCACCUACUGGCCGAGCGUGACAGAGACUUGGAGCUGGCAGCCCGCAUCGGACAGUCACUUCUACAGAGGAACAACCUGCUGCAAGAGCGCAAUGAGGCUGUGGAAGAGCAGUUAGCACAGACUCUAGACCAGGUUCACCAGCUCCAGCAUGAGCUCAGUAAGAAGGACGAGCUGCUGCGGAUGGUGGCCAGCGCCUCGGAAGAGUGUGAGGUUACAUCCAGUGCGUCAACCCCACUGAGGCCGCCCCAGUUAGCCAGUGCAACCACUGCUGCUGCGCUGAGCCAGCUGGAGUCAAUGCAGUGUAAGCUCCAGGAGCUGGAGGAGGAGAACCUGGCUCUGAGGUCUGAGGCCAGCCAGCUGAAGAGAGAUACCAUCACCUAUGAGGAAAAAGAGCAGAGACUUGUGAGCGACUGCGUCAAGGAGCUCCGCCAGUCCAACAGCCAGAUGGUGUCUAUGACUGAUGAACUGUCCCAGAAGAACGAGGAAUUGGUCAGACACCAGGAGGAGAUUGCUCAGUUGCUCUCCCAAAUUGUUGAGCUGCAACAUCGGGUAAAAGAGUUGGCUUUAGAGAAAGAGGAGCUGAGGAUCCACUUGCAGGCGUCCAAAGAGGCCCAGAGGCAACUCACAGCAGAGUUGAACGAGCUGACCGAAAGGAACGCAGAGUGUGUCGAAAUGCUCCACGAGUCCCAGGAGGAGAUCAGGGAGCUUCGUAACAAAAACACUUCCCCGUCUGGCAUUCGACGGCAUCUCUCCUAUGGCCUCUACCCGAUGGAUUCCUUGGCUGCGGAGAUUGAAGGCACUAUGAGGAGAGAGCUGGGUGUUGAGGAAGAGACUGCAUUUCAGGACCACAGGAUUUCCCAGAAGCGAGUCUUCCAGACUGUCCGCUCCGCCAACGCGUCAACAUCUCGACCACCUUCGACCACUCCCCCAAUUCCUGGUUCUGGUCGGAACUCCCUGGUGAUGACUACUCAGCAAUUUCCUUCUGCUCAGGGAGAUGAGGUUCAUGAGGGGCAGUCGGGGUCCCCGGGUGGAAACGACCUCAUGAAAGCCCUACAUCGUCUGUCGCUGCGGCGGCAGAACUUCUUGUCGGAGCACCAGUUCUUCAAGGCGGAACGGGACAAAAAGCUGCAGACCCUGGCUAGAGCGGAGGCCCACGACGCAGGAAGUGGCUACAGCUCGGCAAUGGGCAGCAUGUGCUCCUCCUUUUCCAAUCUGUCCGACCUCUCCAUAGGCUCCAGCGUCUUCAAGACUUUCCUACCAGAGAAGCUUCAGAUUGUCAAGCCCAUGGAAGGCUCACUGACGCUCCAUCAUUGGCAGCAGCUAGCCAAACCGCAUCUGGCCACCAUCUUGGACCCACACCCUGGUGUUGUCACCAAGGGUUUUCGGCCGCUUGCCCAGGAUGCCGUUUACUGCCUGAAGGACAUGGAGGAAGAUGAGGAGGAUGAAGCACGUGCAGAGGGGGAGGCUGGCGUCAUGGAAAAAGGAGCAGCAGAGAGAGGUAAAGAGGAAGAUGAGGAUGAAGGUGGCAUUGUCUUCCAAGUGCGCUGCUCAUCGACGCCUGAGGAGAAGAAAGACGGGAAGCUUUCAGCCGCACCUCUUCCCAUCGCCUCCCUCUUAACGGCCCGACCGCCGUCCAUCGCUGAGACACGCGGCCAAUCAUCUCACUCCAGUCUUAACGUUUCCACAACGAGCGUCCAGUCGGGCUCGCACAUCUCAGUCCGACAUCCAGUCAAAUGUCAGAGUUCCACGUUCUCCACGUACACUUUCACCACCUGCCGUAUCCUGCACCCUUGUGAUGUCACACAAGUCUCUGAAAGUUCACAGACAUGUGUCAAUGCCAACACGCCCAGCUCCAUGAGGACCGGACCCAGUACCCCUGUGACUCCCUGCCGGCUCAGCCUUGGAGACUCCUUCCCUGUUCGGCGUCCCGCUCUGGCUGCCAGCGGUUUGGCCAAGUUGGUCCUGGAGAAAGGCAUUUCUGCACAAGUCUCCACAGAAACCCCCCCAUUAUGUGCAAGAGCCGCACCCCCGCGACCCCUCCUCCGGCUCCUCCCGGGCACGCCCCCCAACUCGCCCUCGCACUCGCCCGGAUCCGAGUGCCGCCAGCACUCUGCUGACAAUUUCCUGGCGUCGAGGCCGGCGGAGUUGUUCCUGCGAGAUGUUUACGGCUUGAAUCUCGGCCGCUCGCCGCAUCCCGACCUACCGAGCCCCUCCCGUGAAAACUCAGCCCGCGGACCGCCCCCGGAUCCGCUUAACGUCAGCCUCUUGGAGAGGCUGCGCCAGAUGCGAUUUACCAAGUUCCCCCAAGACUCCCCCACCUUUGUGUCGGCAGGCGGGGGGAGCCUACUGGACGGUCUGAGGCGCAACCAAAGCCUCCCAGCGAUGAUUGGCGUUCGAACGGGAAAGUCGACGGGUCGCCCCUCCCAUCCUCCUCACCCCACCUCCCUGGCGCUCCCCCCGCCACCUUGGGGAAACCUCAAACAGAGAUGCACAAAGGUCACCUCGAGCGCCCUGCCGCGUUCAGGUGACCCCUGAACUCCAUCGCUCCCCCGAAAACCCCAACCUCCUUUGUUAGUCAACCCCCCCCCCCCCCCCCCCGUCUUUUUAUGACUUCAUUUUAAAGCACAACAGACUUGAAGUGAGUUUUUAACUGCUAGCUACUUGUGAGCCAUGAUUGGAGUUAUUACCGCCUUAGCUUUUGUCUCUGUGAGCUUACGGCACGUCAUUGUAAGGGUUUGCAUGUUUUGGAAAGAGGGAAAUAGUACUACGUGGACAUUAGUAUCGGGACGUUCCACAUGGUUGUAGUGUAACUUGAAAUGGGCAAAGAAGGUUUUGUGGAUGUUGACGUGAAAGAGAAGGUGUUUCAGGUUGGGACAAUUUCAGGAAAAAAAAGUUUCCGUAUGUUCAUGUUUGAAUCCGGAGUUGUCACAAGGGCUUCUGUAGUCGUGGCUUCAAAGUACAGGGCACCCCCCACCCCCAAAAGACAUCAUUUGAAAUAUUAAUGCAACUAAUGUAUAACUAAAAUUUUGUGCAGUUUAUAAACAUUUAAUUUUGUGAUUUUUUUUUUUUUUUUUUUUUUUUCUUUUCUGUCCCACUCGAAGGAGCGUGCAUCCCAUAAUAUUAGAAUCCCAGUAUUCGAAUUCAAAUGGAUAAAUGAAUUGAGUGUAGACAUUUAGAAGCGAGUGGAGCCUUUGCCAGGUUAAUUAUAAACGUAGUCCUAUCCUCUUUUUUUUUUUUUUUUAAACGAAAGUCCCUGGUCCUGUCUUUUUGGACAUCUCACGACAACCAGGUCCCCGCAUGUCCGUGGGACCUGAUCGAAGGUCCAGACCAGACCUGGCAAGUUGGUUACUGUGCGUGUGUAGGAUUUUCAUUAUUAUUAUUAUAAAAAGCAGCCUUAUGUGGAAGCCAGCUGUGUAGCUCUCCUGCCUUUUUGCCACUGGAUGUUAUUAUUUGCAUCAUUUGUUUUUGAGUCCACCCAGACUUCCACUGAGUUACUGCCCUUUGUUGUUUGUAUCUAAACUUAGUUUUUCUUACACUAUUAUAUUUAUGAGGAAGAUUCGGGACACAAUGUUGCAUUCUGUUGUUUUUCUCCAACUUGGAAGACUACCAAAAGCAUGCUUUUUUGUUUUUUCUCUCCCCCCUUCCAUGUGGAAAUGUAAUAUACUGGCUUUCAUGUAUUAUGGCUUACUAUUUAUUAAACUAACAUAAUGUUUGUAAAGAUGAAGAUAACACGUUUAUCUCUUUUAAUCGUAGUUGGAUUUGAUUGUUCAUGUCACCUGGAUAUAGCUUAUCCUGGCACAAGGUUCCGUAAACAACUCAUACCCGUUUGUUUGUUUUUUUUCUUUGUGUGUUAUUUUUUUUUUUCGUGUUCUCUUU